AUGUCGAUAAGAAAGGCGCUUUCAAGCUCGGUGCCUCUGUCCUCUGGGGUGCACUACGGCGGCCGUCUCAAGGCUACCCAACGCACACUCUUCCACGCUCCCUCGCCUUCUUCCACUUCUUCUUCCUCUCCUUCUUCUUCCACUUCUUCUUCCUCUCCUUCUUCUUCCACUUCUUCUUCCUCUCCUUCUUCUUCCACUUCUUCUCUCUCUCCUUCUUCUUCCACUUCUUCUCUCUCUCCUUCUUCUUCCACUUCUUCUCUCUCUCCUUGUUCUUCUGCCUUUUUGCUUGUUCCUCUCUCCUCGGUCGUGUCCCGUCACAUUCGGACGAUCGCUGCGUCGCCGUGCCCGCGUGUCAAGGCAGCCCCGCCUGCUGAAUCAGGCCGUCGUUUUCCCCCUCGCCCUUCUUCGUUCUCUCUGCGUUGUCGCCUUCUCUCUUCCGGCCCGCCUUGUCCUCGCCCGUGCACAUCCUCUCGCUCGUUCUCCUCUCUCUCUCGGCCUCGGUGCGCCGACGCCGCCCCCACUGCCUCGAGAGCCUCCUCGACUGCUCCUUCGGCGGACUCCAGCGCCGCCGUCCUUCUGCGCUCCUUCGAGAGCCGCUACGGAGGCUUGCGGCGAGAGGAUCGCCUGAAAAUGCUCGCGCAGAAGCGAAAAGAAAUUCUCGAUCCGACGCCACUGCCAUGGGAGAGAUUCCGCAGCGUGAAUUUGGAUGCUGACCUUGCUGGGCAAAGAGCGGAAGAGAAGCGGCGAGAGGAGCGGCGGGCGAGUCGCCGAGACGAGGUCGAACGCGACAAACCUGCUCACUUGCGGAGACAAAAGGUUAAAUCGAAGCGCUUGAGACAGGAAGAAGACGACGAACAGUACAUCACGUCUGCUAAUUUUUCCGAGCCCGUUGAGCUCCUCAGCCUCGCGGAAGACCUCCACAAGGCGGAGAUUUACGUGCAGACGACCGAGAAGCUCGAACAGCAAUGGCCCGCCGCGGGCGGCGUGGCGCGGGGCGUUCAAGGCGACCAGUUCUUCGAUGUCAUGGCGGCUGCUGUCCGAGAAGACCUACAGGAUCAGAGCCGGCCUGUUCUCGUGAACGAGCUCACGGACCUGGAAAAUCCGUACAGCAUGAAGAGAGAGGCACUGCGUCGCCUCGUGCUGCACUCGUGCACCCGCAACUGCCUUGACGAAACGUUGGGCAGCGGAAAGGCCAACGCUCCUGGAAGCGGUCUGGGGCAGACAUCGAAAGGCUUUCCAAACAGACAAGCGCAGCUUUCUCCUGUCUCUGUCCUCGCGGGUGUCUCCUUUGCGACUCUCUCCAGACGGACACGCUUCUCGAUCGACGCGCCGAUCUUCAGAGACUACGAAGCAAAACGAACGCGCCUGAAUCAAAAGGCAACGGCAGUGCAACGUGCACUGCGACAAAUGUCUGUCGACGACGGCGUUAACGCAGCGAACCAGCCGGAGGGUCAGGCCGGAUCCAAGAUGGCAACUGACAAAGUUGAGGCAAUUUUAAGUGUGCUCCCGGAAAACUUUCCGUCAGAUGAGUUGCAUCCUCUCCAUCCGUUCCGGAAUCACUUUGGGUUUGAGACUGCUGUGCCACAUGGAGUCGUCGGGUCCAUCUCGAUGGGAAAGGGACGGAAGAAAAUCGAAAAGGAACUCAGUCGGCUUCGGUACCCGACACUGCAGCGCGUCGCCCAUUCCCUACCUAAGGAUUUGAAAUAUCGAGAAAGCGUUGCCCAUGCCAUACGCGUUCUUGAGCGAUCCCGUGGAUGGGACUUUGAAAGUAAAGUAAAGGCCAUCAAUGCUCUCGUAGAAGUAUGGAACCGGCUGGCACCAGGAAGAACGUAUGAACAGAUUCUGAACCACGCGUUUCCUGUCUUCAGGUAA